AUGUACGCCGUCGAGGAUAGACAUCAUCCCGUUCCGCCUCCCCUCUCAAUGGAUCGCAUCUCUGCUCCGUCCACCCAGUACCAGCCGGGUCCCAGCCCGCUACAUGCAACCGAUCAUCUGGCACCCGUCGAGAAUAUCGGAGAUGGGCGCCGCUGGUCAUUACAAGUGGUUCAGCAGCCGAUUCGGGCUCGGAUGUGCGGUUUCGGCGAUAAGGAUCGGAGACCGAUCACUCCCCCGCCAUGCAUUCGUCUGAUUGUGCGGGAUAUGCACACCGAUAAGGAAAUUGAUAUCAAUGAAAUUGAUACCUCAUUCUACGUGCUCACCGUCGACCUGUGGAAUGCCGACGGCACCAAUGAAGUUAAUCUCGUCAAGCAUUCCGCCACCUCCCCCUCCAUCUCUACCGCCAUGUCCUCCUCAUAUCCUCCCCCGCCUCAGAGCGUGUCGCCGACGUACCCCGGGUACAAUCAAAGUCAAUACGGAUAUCCGCAGAUGAACAACAGCUACUACGGUGGCCAGCAGGUGACAUACCAAAAUCAAUACGGGCAGCCAAUGGCCUACCCGCAAUAUUAUCCCGGAACCAAUAGCCAGAUGCCACCCUCAAUGUCGCCCGCCGCGCAACCCGUCUCUGGCGGUCCUGGUGGCAUGUUCACACGCAAUCUGAUUGGCAGCCUCAGCGCCAGUGCUUUUCGCUUGACCGAUCCAGACAACAAAAUUGGCGUGUGGUUCAUUCUACAAGAUCUAAGUGUGCGCACCGAGGGCACUUUCCGUCUGAAAAUGAGCUUCGUCGAUGUUGGCACGCAUUCAACCGAAGCCGUUAAUGGGGCCCCGGUAAUCAACCAUGGAACCGCACCCGUGCUAGCCUCGGUAUUCUCCGAACCCUUCCAAGUCUUCUCAGCCAAGAAGUUCCCCGGUGUCAUCGAGAGCACCCAGCUCAGUAAAUGCUUCGCGCUGCAGGGUAUCAAGAUCCCCAUCCGCAAAGACGGAGUGAAGGGACCUCGUCGAGGCGGAGACGGCGACGACGACGAUGAAGGUGACUAUUAG